AUGGGAAAAUACGGACUCAGUCACGGAGCUCUGGAUGCGAAGCACACAGUGCGUUUAUUUACAGUGCCCAAAAACAGUCUCAAAACACAAAGCGAAGUGCAAAAUCCAACAGUGAUCCUCUCCAAACUUCCAGUGGUGCGCAGGUCCGGCGUCUAUCAGUCCGAGAUGAGGUGUGUCAUCUUGAAAGUUGGAACUGAGGAAAUUAAAACCAACGUGAUCUGCACUGAGUCUGAAAUGAGAGUAGAGGUGGAGAAAUCGUCCCUCCGUGGACUCCGUGAGGAUCACCUGCGUCUCAGUGAGCCCAGCAACACCCUCUGCAGCCUGGAGAGAUACUCCAACAGCACUCACAUCAUCGGCGUCAUCCCUCUCAAUGCUUGUGGCACUCAGAUCGAGGAGGACGAGGAACAUCUCAUUUUCAAGAAUGAAAUCACCACAGUGGAUGACAGCGGAGCUCUGAUCACCAGGAAACAUAACCUGGAAGUAGAGUUCUACUGUCAGUACCCCAAAAAGGGGAACGUGUCACUGGGCUUCACAGCACACAGGACGAUGGUGGAAGUGUUUGAUAAAGGCUUCGGCACGUUCACCUACCAGUUUGAGUUUUACCCCGACAACCAGUUCAGAAGCAUCAUUGAUCCCAGUUCGUACCCUCUGGAGUACGACGUAGGGCAGAAGAUUUACAUGGAGAUAGAUGCGUCCUCCAUAGUCAACGACACCGAGAUGUUUGUGGAGUCCUGCAGAGCCUCACCGUACGACAACCCCAAUUACCAGCCAACCUACUCCAUCAUUGAAGACGGGUGCCCCGUGGACCCAACUGUGAUGAUCCAUGAGACGGACAACAAGAGACAGUUUAGAUUCUGCAUCGAGGCCUUCAAGUUCAUCGGUUUGCACGAUCAGGUAUACAUCAGCUGUUCAGUAAUGAUGUGUGAAGCAGGGAAUCCCAACAGCAGGUGCUCACAGGGAUGCAUCAACUCCACAUCAAACAAUCACGACCACUCCCACCGCCGAAAGAGGGACUCUGCCAUCCAGACUGCAGUGCACUUCGUUUCCCAGGGUCCUCUGCGUUUGAAGAGGUCAGCAGACACCAGCAUGAGUGCAGGGAACAACCUGAACCUGAACCUGGUCUUCAUCGCUGGAUGUCUUCUUGCUGCUGUUGCCAUGAUCUGUGGAGCGCUCCUGUACAGGGCCAAAAUGUCAAAGGUCAAAUACCAGCGUUUGGCCUCGAGUGAAAGUUAAGACAGCAGUGUAAUCAGAAUACCAGUUCCUGCAUUACUUUUCAAUGAACCUCAUUUUGCUGUCAGAGUUUCGGUGUUUGUGUAUCUGCUCAUGUUUAAAUCAAUCAUGAAUUUAAUUCUUUAUAAUUCAGCUUCAUUUGUGUAGCGUGAACUCACAACAACAGUCACCUCAAUUAGCUUUAUAAUGUAGGGCACAGUCCAGCUGUUACAGCUGUGUUUGUGUUUGCGAGCUUUAAGAGAAAACAGACAUAAAACAGACUUUGAAUGAUGAAUCUUUGGAUUGUUGUUCAGUCGUGCAGCUUUACAGCAGCUUUUCUUUUUAUAUGUUAGAGUGUGAUUCACAGAAAGUGUUACUGUUGAUGUGUGCUCCUCUUUCCUCAUCAUUUUUGCUUUGAAUAUCUAUGGCUAUCAUUGGACUGGUUACUAUACAUCUUUGUUAUUAAUCAAUAAAAACAUACGUGUUAGUGCUUCCUCA